CGCGCUUGAGAGCGGUCUAAGGCGGCAGUGGUGAGAGCUCUGCGAUGGGGAGCGGCGGUGUGAUCCAUUGUAGGUGUGCCAAGUGUUUCUGUUAUCCUACAAAGCGAAGAAUCAAAAGAAGACCCAGAAACUUAACCAUCUUGAGUCUCCCAGAAGAUGUACUCCUUCAUAUCCUGAAAUGGCUCUCUGUUGGGGACAUCCUUGCUGUCCGAGCUGUCCACUCCCACCUCAAGUACCUGGUGGACAACCACGCCAGUGUAUGGGCAUCUGCCAGCUUCCAAGAGCUGUGGCCUUCUCCACAGAACCUGAAGCUCUUUGAAAGGGCUGCCGAAAAGGGAAAUUUUGAAGCUGCCGUGAAGUUGGGGAUUGCCUACCUCUACAAUGAAGGCUUGUCUGUGUCGGAUGAGGCCUGCGCAGAAGUGAACGGCCUGAAGGCCUCUCGCUUCUUCAGUAUGGCCGAGAGAUUGAACACAGGUUCUGAGCCCUUCAUCUGGCUCUUUAUCCGCCCACCGUGGUCAGUGUCAGGAAGCUGCUGCAAGGCCGUGGUCCAUGAUAGCCUCAGGGCAGAGUGUCAGUUACAAAGUAGUCAUAAAGCUUCUAUACUACACUGCUUGGGAAGGGUGCUCAAUCUUUUUGAGGAUGAAGAGAAAAGGAAGCAGGCUCGUAACCUGUUUGAAGAGUCUGCUCAUCAGGGAUGCUUGGCCAGCUCAUACCUCCUUUGGGAAAGUGACAGAAAGGUGGAUAUGUCUGACCCUGGACGAUGCCUCCACAGCUUCCGAAAACUCAGGGACUACGCUGCCAAAGGCUGCUGGGAAGCACAGCUAGCUUUGGCCAAAGCCUAUGCAGGUGGAAGCCAGCUUGGACUGGAAGGGAAGGCCUUCAGUGAGUCGGUCUGCCAGCUCUUCCAGGCCUCCCAGGCGGUCAACAAGCAGCAGAUAUUUUCCGUGCAGAAGGGGCUCAGUGACACCAUGAGAUACAUUCUAAUCGACUGGCUGGUGGAAGUUGCCACAAUGAAGGACUUUACAAGCCUGUGUCUUCACCUGACAGUGGAGUGUGUAGACCGGUACCUGCGGAGGAGACUGGUCCCCAGAUACAAGCUCCAGCUUCUGGGCAUUGCCUGCAUGGUCAUCUGUACCCGGUUCAUCAGCAAAGAGAUUCUGACCAUUAGAGAGGCUGUGUGGCUCACAGACAACACGUAUAAAUACGAGGACUUGGUUCGAGUGAUGGGGGAGAUCAUCUCUGCCCUGGAAGGGAAGAUUCGGAUCCCUACCGUGGUUGACUAUAAAGAGGUCCUGCUGACACUGGUCCCUGUCGCACCCAGAACCCAGCACUUGUGCAGCUUCCUCUGUGAGCUCACCCUGCUGCACACCAGCCUGUCCAUCUAUGCCCCAGCCCGCCUAGCCUCUGCAGCCCUGCUCCUGGCCAGACUGAUGCAUGGGCAGACACAGCCCUGGACCACUCAGCUGUGGGACCUCACGGGGUUCUCCUACAGUGACCUCACGCCCUGCGUCUUGAGCCUUCAUAAGAAGUGUUUCCAUGACGAUGCACCCAAAGACUACAGACAAGUCUCUCUGACAGCCGUGAAGCAGCGAUUUGAGGAUAAGUGCUAUGAGGAAAUCAGCCAGGAAGAGGUGCUGAGCUAUGCCGAAUUGUGCACGGCAUUAGGAGUGAAACAGGAGACCCCAGAGCCCCCAUCUUUCCCUAGUUCAGGGGAGAUCCACACCUUCCUCAGCUCACCCUCCGGAAGGAGAAGCAAGCGGAAACGAGAAAAUAGCCUUCAGGAGGACAGGGGCAGCUUUGUCACUACGCCCACCGCAGAGCUAUCGAACCAGGAGGAGACAUUGCUAGGCAGCCUUCUGGACUGGAGCCUGGACUGCUGCUCUGGCUAUGAGGGAGACCAGGAGAGUGAAGGCGAGAAGGAAGGUGAUGUCACAGCUCCCAGUGGACUCCUUGACGUUACUGUGGUCUACCUGAACCCAGAGGAGCAUUGCUGCCAGGAGUCCAGUGAUGAGGAGGCCUGGCCAGAGGACAAGACCCACCCAGCACCAGGCACCCAGGCACCUCCAGCUUCAGCUCCCAGGCCCCUUCUCUGCAUCAGGGGAGAUCCGGGCAAGGACAUCACAACCUCAGGAUACUCCUCUGUCAGCAGCUCGAGUCCCACAAACUCCCUAGAUGGUGGCAUGGGGAGCUCUUCCCGAUCUACCUCAGUGCUCUCUGUGGGCAGCCACUCAAGCACAAAGCCUUGCCACCAUCAGGCUAAGAAGUCAUGUUUACAGUGUCGUCCCCCAAAUCCCCCCGAGAGCGGUGUUCACCAGCAACCGGUAAAGCGCCAAAACCUAUCGGUGCACAGUGACGAGGAUACGAACCUGGGCUUCCUGAAGCUCUGAGUGUGUUAGCCUUCGCCACAGUGAAUGUUUACUGAGGGAGGGCUGCUGUUUCACUAGGACACUGCCGACCGUGCUGUAUAGAUCCCAGAAGGGCAACAGAUUCCUUAGGGGAGUUCAGUGCAAGCUGUCUGAACGUCAAGCUCGGUAAAAAGUUAGACAGCAGCCUCCCACCUGUCAUGGCACACCUGUGAAACCUAUCCCUCUCUACCCUUCUGUGUCCUGCUGUCUCUGGGAGCAUGAGCCUCUGUGUUGACAUUCACUACCUGAGGCUAGGAGCUGACAGCUUCUUUGGAAUACUAGUGGCCUGGAUGGCCUAACACAGUUCAAACCCCUGCUGGCAAGUCUUGUUUUAGAUCAAUGGGGAGCUCUCAACUGAACACAGCACUCGCCCCCACCCCCCGCACCCUUCAGCCUAGGGAGCCUGUGUCCCUGCAUAUCAGUGUUGACUAUAGCCUAAUGGUGUGUGAGGCCCUUGAAGCUGGGGUUGCAGGUGUCCCUGUCCCUCCCUCUGGCACUUUGAGCUCAUUUUCAAAAUCUAUCCUCCCAGAGUGGUUUGUCUGUCCCAUUGUAUCCAUGUGGCCAUGUUUCUGCACUGAAUUUCUAGGCUAUUCUUUGCCCAUCUUUAUUUCUACGUUUCUUCUAAUGGGGAAAAAAAUAAGAAAGCGUUUGAAAUAGAGGGUAUUAAAUAAAAAGCUAACAGA